AUGGGUUCUACACCGUCGAAACGAGGCGAUCAAGUGGAGGAAAUCACAAAGGUCAGUUUAUUGAACGUGGAAAUGUUUACAUGUAAAUAAAUUAAGGAUAAGUCGGAACCGGUUGAGAGAUGGGCGGAGCAUGUGGUUAGGAGGGGAAAUGAGGAACUGAAAGAGGAAGAACCGAAGAAGGGCGGAGUUGGUAAGAGAAGUGCGAAAGUGACGCCGACGUCGGAGUUGGUGGCGCCGAAAGGUGGAUCUCUGAAGCUCACGGAAGGUGUUGUUCAGGUAGAAAGGAGAAGGAAUACUCGGAAAAUCCACUUGAAUUCAGGAUUAUGUGAAUCUGGAGAAGGCAAUCAAUCGAUUGGAGAGGAAGAACGUGCUGAAGAAGUUUGAAUCGCAGACAAUUUACGCGGAUAAUUUGAAGAAUACGGUAGAACAACUGGAGGCAGUUCUAAAAGAAUUAAAGAAGCAGACGUGAGUCAGGGAGAUCGGGGAGACUAACGAAGUAAGAGAAUGUGUUGAGGGAGCGGGAGAAAACUGAUUUGAAGAACAUCGAGCAGCCGUCGGUGAAGGAUUUUCUGAAGCAGCAGGGCCAGUGGGAUGACAGAUAUUCGAAGGAAAAGGGGGAGUACGAGGAGGCGGUGGUGCGGCAGGAGACCGUCCAGAAAGAGUUGAACAUCGCCAGAGUGAACUACGACAACGCGGUCAAGAUCCAGGAGAUUUACAAGCAACAGACGGACAACUUGAACGCGUUGUACGAGAAACAGGACAAGAUGCUCGAGGCGAUCUUCGGAACGGAUUAUGCUUCGGAAAAAGAAAAUGUACUGGAAGGAGAGGUGAGCGGUACGGAUGGGAAACUGAAAAACGGGCGUCGCAGGUGGAUGACAUGGUGGACUGGCAGCAGAGAGUCUCUCUCGCCAUGUUCAAAUGGGCCAACGGACGGGUUCUUCUCGUGCAUGCUCUCACUCAACUCACGUUCGGAAUCAACCGAUGGCAGGACGUGCAGAAGAUUGAGAAAGAGUAGGAACUAGAAAGAGAAAGAAGAAAAAAAAUGCGUCAUUUCAGCAACGAAAGGGGCAGAUAUUUCGCCGCCGCGGAAGCCCGCAACAACUUUGUGGCUGCGGCGCAGAACGUGCAAUCGUGUCGGAUGUACCUGAAUAAAGUGGACUUUCCGUACGGAACCGAAAAGGAGAUCGCACUGCUCGAGGACACCGUCAACAAGGCAUUCCGCACUGUGAACAACGACUCGGAGACCAAAAAGGUAUUGAUUCUCUUCAUUUAAAUACAAAAAGCAAAUAUUUGAUUCAGGCUCUGAAAGUUUUCCAAGAAACGCAGCAGAAGGUGGCGUCGCUCAUUCAGUGGUUCGACAAAGUGAUCAAUGACACGAUCCGAAAGGAUUUGGACCAGGCCAACAACGAGUUGAUCAAGAAGCAGAAGGCGUUGAGGGAGGAGCGACUGCAGCUGAUGAAGAAGUUGGCCAAGUCGCAGUUGGAUGUGGACAUGAAGAUUGACUAUGAUGACGUGGCGGAUGACGAAUUGGAGAAGGAGCUGAAAGAGCUGGAGAGACAGGCACUGAAGGACGUGGCGAAAUUGAAGGAGGCGGAUGUGAAGGGCAUUCUGGAGAUGGGAAAACAGGACGGAAAUCUCGUGGCUCCGCUCAACAAACUGGCUCCGCUGCCCUCGAAAGAUGCCCUGUUCGGCGAUGUAAAACAGAAGUUGGACGAGUACGACGAGACGCGUAAACAGUUCGAAAGACGGAACAACCUGCAGAGGGAGAAGCAGGCGAUGGCCCUGCAGGAGAAGCUGAAGCUGCGGCAGCAGAAGAAUCGGAGGAAUCGCACGGAGCGGAGGGACAGCAUCGGGGCGACGGCGGUCGAGCAGAAGCCCGGAAAGAAAAAGUCUGUGCAGCAUUAG